AUGUCGCCAUUUAAAUUAUACGAGAAUAUUUUCAUUGAAACAAAUCUUCUAUCCCCGGACUAUGACGGCGUCAUCCUUAUUUUAUAUCCCAGGGACAUGAAUGUGGAAUUACCUAGGCAUGUAUCCAGUUUUAUUGACAAAAUUUAUACCCUGGAUAAAAGCAUUUAUAAGACACCUAGUGUAUGGAAUUGUGAUUACGUUUCUGGUGGUCGAUUGGUGCUAUCACCAGUUGGAAAUGUAUCCCCUUAUCAUGACGUCAAAGUGGUCAAAGAAGCAGCGAAAAGAGGAAUGCUACGAGCAAUGGAAGCUGGAAUGACGAAACCUUUGCUAAUCGUCGAAAAUGUCGUGCAUUACCCUGACGGGCAGUUAGUUUGUAUUUUGGGAGCUCUUGAAUCUUUGUACGUGCCAAUACAAAUAAGGGAGAUUAAAAAUCGGAAGCAUAUAUACAGAAUUGGGCUCCACGCAGAGGAAAAAGCUACAGAAUCUUUUGAAAGGAUCAUUAGAAAUGCUAUAGCUUUGGAGCGAGCCAGGAUAAUAGCAAGAGAUAUCGCUGGCGGAGAUCCAGAAAGAAUGGCUCCUGGAAAAAUUGCUGAUUAUAUAGUCAAAGUAUUCGCUGAAGACCCUUGUGUGUCCAUCAAAAUUAUUGACAAUGACGAUAUUAUAGCUCAGAAAUAUCCACUAUUAGCAGCUGUCUCACGAGCAGCGAAUAACGUAGAGAGACAUAAAGCUAGAGUUGUUAUAUUGGAGUACAAUUCGUCUAACCCUGUCAGAGUCACAGAAACCUUAAUGCUAGUUGGCAAAGGAGUCACAUACGACACUGGCGGCGCGGAUAUAAAAAUAUCUGGCAAGAUGGCAGGCAUGUCCAGGGAUAAAUGCGGGGCGGCGGCUGUAGCUGGGUUCUUGAAGGCCUGUUCCAUAUUAAAACCACCUCACCUCAAAGUCAUUGGGGUCAUGUGUUUAUGUCGCAAUUCUAUCGGCUCAGAUGCUUAUGUUUCUGAUGAAUUACUUACUUCGAGUAGCGGAAAACUGGUCAGAGUUACCAAUACGGAUGCUGAAGGUAGACUGGCUAUGGCAGAUUCUUUAUAUAUGCUGGCGAAUAUGGCAGAAAAAGAGCUUAACCCACAUUUAUAUACCAUAGCGACUUUAACUGGCCACGCUAGAGCAUGCUACGGUAAUUAUACCGCCGCUAUGGAUAAUCACAGCGCGAAAGGGACAAACCAUUCGAGCAAAUUGCAGUUCAGUGGAUCAAGACUUGGAGAAGGUUUCGAGAUUUCCACAAUUAGGGCUGAAGAUUUGGCUGUCAAUGAUGGAAAGUGUAGCGGUGAUGAUCUAGUUCAGUAUGAUACAGACGCAAAGUGCCGCAACCAUCAGCUAGCAGCAGGUUUUCUAAUCAGGGUUGCUGGUUUGGAAGACAAGAACAUAAAAUACACUCAUCUGGAUAUUGCUGGCGCUGCGGGGUCUCCGCCAGAGGAACCAACAGCGACGCCUAUAUUGUCUUUAUGUUCAAUUCCUUUAUUCACCAAAGAGAAGAUUCUCCCUCUAGAGCUGCGAGCUCUGCCCUACGACAUAGACAGUGUGAUGCAUUUCAGUGACAGAGAUUUCAGCAAGAACGGCCACAGAACAUUACUUUUCAGGAACGACAAGAAUCCACAGAAAAGGAUCGGUCUAUCGAAAACCGAUUUAAAGAAAAUAGAAUUAGUUUACGGACCCGAAUGUCUUAAACGGGAACGCCAAGCUAAAAUCGAUAUAUGUAGGAACUUCCCGGCAGUUAGACGAAAGCGUGAAAUCGAUUUCGCUACAGUCGGAAGUCUUAGAGUAAAUCCUGAAAUAACUCCACCACCGGAAAGCAAUCAAGAGAAUCUGACUGACGAUUUGACAAAUAAUCUUAAAGAACUCGGAAUCGAUGAUGAUGUACAGCUACUUAUUGAGCAAAUACACAAAAUAACAGCUACAGCGCUGACUAACGCUAAACUAAAGCACUGCAAUAGCACCACUAAUAGCAGUGUAGACACCAAGAAAGCAGAUUUAAAAGAAAUUAUAUACAAAGUUAAUGAAUACGCAAGAGCUAUCGUUCAGAACGCCCUAACAAACAUGACAGUUUUCUGCGACGAUGCAAAUUCUAUGGAGAAAUUUCAAAUAGGUAGAUGCCAAUGGGGUCCGAACAGUAGAUGUCCUGUGAAUUUCCGUUCAACUAUGCCAGGACCGGUAAAACAUUCGACCCAACACCGUCCGUUGAUACGACAAUCGACCAAACAUGAGGGUAGAGGAAAGAAACACCAAUUCGUCCCAUUGCUAAGGUCAAAUAUUACGGAAGGGAAGAAUUUGACGAGGGAGAAGCGUGACGUGAAUUUGACAGAUUCUGGACCAGCCAAUGUGACUGGCAAAGAAAUUUUACGAAUGGCAACAAGAAUAGUUAGUGAUAAGAAGACUGAUUUUGCACCUAUCAGACGCAGCUAUCAACAUUUUGGGAAAGAAAAAGAAGAUUCCAAUACUCUUGAAAAACCAAGAAAAAAGAAAUUAAAAUCACGUCACCGUCCAGAAGAGAAGAGAGUUACGUCGUUCGACGAAGAAGGAGAGAGAAAAAAGAAGAAUAUAGAUGAACGAGUUGAGAGAUAUGUAGAAGAAAGACCCAGAGAGAAAAAAAGGAAAGAGAGAAAGGAGAGAAAAUUGUUCCGCGUCCCUCAAACAGUGCAGAUUUCAAAGCAAAACAAAGAGUUCUACGCGGAGAGAAUAUGGCCGGAUGGGGUUGUUAACUAUGUGAUAAAAGAAGACGUGAAUUACGAUACGAACAAAGUCCGCGAACGGCUGGCGGAGGUGAACAGGAUAUUACGCCGGCGGACUUGUGUGAGGCUGAACGAAGUGAGCGAGGAGGGAGCGAGACGGCUGACAGACUAUCUCCUUCUAGACACAAGCCGGGACUACGUCACGGGGCGGGUUGGCGGGAAACAGGGUGACUGGUGA